UGAAGAUCAAACUCUCUUGCCUUCAAGUGCUGCCUUCAAGUGCUGGGGAAGUUUUCUUUUUGAUCCUCUCUUUUUCCAAAUAUCAAUAUAUCAAUAUUUUGGUGACAUAAUGGGACACUUAAAGAUUCGAGACUAUGACAGCAUCACAUCGUUCCUUGGAGCUUGGGGACCCUUUCAGAUGAGGAUUUUUUUGGCACUGGCCAUCAGCAUUUUCCCCAACGGAUUAGUUGGAGUCUAUAUAGUAUUCGUGGGCGAUUCCCCACCUCAUGAGUGCUAUAUCCCUGCAAAUAACAGCAUUAAUGAGAUGUGGAGAAAUGUGACUAUCCCUCUGGAGACUGUCAACGGCGUUGAAAAGCCAAGCUCCUGCUGGAGGCUUAACCUGGACAUUGUCAAAGACUACUCUCAAAAAGGAAUCAUCCCAAAUGUGGAUGUAAAUGUGAGCGAAAUACCUUUAGAGAAUUGUCUAAAUGGAUGGAUUUACAGCAAAGAAACGUACCAGUCAACUAUCGUCACAGAGUGGGACUUGGUGUGUGACAAUGCAUACAAACUUCCACUGGCUACCUCUAUCCAUUACGUUGGUGUACUGGUAGGAGCAUUUAUAUCAGGCCAGAUAUCUGACAGAUAUGGAAGGAGGCCAGCGCUCUUUCUCAUGAUGGCUCUCCAGACCGUUUCAAUCACAGCACAAAUAUUCUCACCGAGUUGGGAGAUCUUUACCUUGAUUUUCUUCUUCGUUGGUGGGGGAGGAUACUCCAACUACACAAUUGCAUUUGUGUUGGGUUCUGAAAUUCUCAGCCCAAAAGCCAGAGUGGUCUUCUGCUCUCUUGGGGUUUUUAUGACCUCUGCUUUGGGGUACAUGGUAAGCCCAGGUGUGGCUUACUUCCUCCGGGAUUGGCGAAUGCUGCUGAUUCCCAUGGCUGCCUCAAGCCUGAUCUAUCUCCCUCUUUGGUGGAUUGUACCAGAGUCUCCUCGCUGGCUCUUUUAUCAGGGAAGAGUGAAGGAGGCUGAGGCAAUACUGAGGGACGCUGCCAGGAGAAAUAAUGUCAAGGCCCCAGAGGAAAUUUUCACAAGCGCUGAGAUUGAAGAUGCACUGGCUAUAAAAGAGAAGAAAUACAAUGUUUUAAUUAUCCUACAAAACUGCAAUAUGUUUUCUCUGACAAUAGUGUGUUCACUUCUGUGGAUCGUCAUCACCAUCAGCUACUUCGCUUUAACCCUCAACACUUCAAACCUGCAUGGCGACCCUUAUUUAAACUGCUUCUUCUCUGCUUUGACCGAGGUACCAGCUUAUAUUCUGGCUCUUCUCUUGCUCAAGUUUUGCCCCAGGCGCAUCUGUCAGUCCUCUACACUGUUACUUGGAGGCAUUAUGAUCCUCUGUGUUAACCUUAUCCCUAUAGGUCUACCUGCUGUAUCUGUGUCUCUUGAGAUGUUGGGGAAGUUUGGUAUGACAGCUGCUUUUUGUAUUGUGUAUUCCGUCACAUCGGAGCACUUUCCCACUUUUAUCAGGAAUACAGCGAUGGGUUGUUGUUCAAUGGCGGCUCGCAUCGGAACAAUCAUCUCCCCAUUCAUCAUUUAUCUUGCGAGAUACAGUAAGUCUCUCCCGUACAUACUGAUGGGAGGCAUCGCUGUGGCUGGUGUUAUCCUGGCUCUCAUUCUCCCAGAAACAUUUAAAAAGCCUUUGCCAGAGACUGUAUCACAGAUGCAGCAGAUAUGCGGGAGACGAGGAAAGAAGGAGAAAGAAGCUGAAUAUGGAGAGAGCACAGCUGAUUUUCAGAGUAAAGAAUCAAAGUUGUAGUUCAUUGUUGUUUGCUUUUGUGUGUGUUUGUGUGUGUGUGUGUGUGAGGUUGUGUGUGUGGGGGCAUUAUUGCAAGAAAUGUACAAUUAAUGCAUACAUAUAGAGCAUAAACUUUUUCUCCUGAAGUUUUAAUCCUCCCUUGCAUGAGAAAAGAAAACCUCAAAUCUCACCUGAGUGUACAAGUUAAUGUGACAAGUUAAAAAUGUUUUUGUGAACUUAGUCACAUCUUUUGUUUAUGCGUUAAAGAAUGAUUAAAGUGAAAAGUAGUGGUAAAAGUGCUCUUUUGUUUGAUGAUUACUGCAUGACCAGGUUAAUGAUCGUUAAACUCACUAAAAUGGUGUGUUUGAUGUUAAUUUCAAAGUAACUUUUGCUUGAAUUGAUACAUAUUGUAACUGAAGUAUACUGUUGACUUACUAAACCCUAACUGACACAAGUCUUUAUAUUUUCUUUAUACAGUAUAGAAUUAUUUUAACUGUGUAUAUUUUAGCACAUUUCUGGUAUAUAAUCUUUGUUUGCUUUCAGUGUUUUGUUUAUACUUUGUAUUGAUCAGAUUGUGUGAACACAUGCACAUUUCACAAAAAAAUGAAUAUAAGUUGUCAAAUACCUACAUUUAAAAAAGUGAUAUGUUUUUGUAAAAAGUUGUGAAUCAGAAAAUAAAGA